AUGGCAAUCAAAACAGUAACGAUCACGGUCACUCGCCGAUGAUUGAUCAGUUUCAAAAUGUCUCGCCUGGCGAAGUGCUUUCUGGUAGUUCUUUUAAUUUUUGGACGAUAUCCCCAAUCGCUGGUAAACUCAGUGAGCAUCUGAACUUCGUCCUGCCGAGUCAGAGAAACACCACGUUGCAAGUGAAUGUAACGGGCGGGACCAUUCAGGGGGCCGAAAGCGUAACCUAUCAUAAAAAUGUCACUUUCUUCAAGUAUCUUGGUAUUCCAUAUGCUGAACCACCUAUCGAUGACCUACGCUGGAAGUCUCCCCAACCAGCACUUCCAUGGCCCGAUGUCCUCAAUGCAACCCGGGAACGUCCAUUUUGUGUCCAAAUGUCCACCGAUGAAGGAAUCGAAGAUUGCCUCUACAUGAACGUCUAUGUCCCGCAAAUUAAAAACCUGACAAAUUACGCGGUGAUGGUGUGGAUCUACGGAGGGCGUUUCGCGAACGGCAACGGCAACUACUCACUCUACGGGCCGGAUUUUUUGCUGGAGCGGCAAGUCGCCUUCGUCAGCUUCAACUAUCGCCUGGGCAUAUUCGGCUUCCUCAGCAGCGAGGACAUGACGCUGCCCGGAAAUUACGGCCUCAAGGAUCAAGUGCACGCGCUGCGUUGGAUCCGGGAGAACAUCGCCAAGUUCGGCGGCGAUCCCCAACGUGUGACUAUCUUCGGCGACAGCUCGGGCGCUGCAUGCGUCAGCUAUUUGCUGCUGAUUCCGCAAGCGAAAGGGCUAUUCCAGCGCGCCAUCAUGCAAAGCGGCAGCGCCCUCUGUCCGUGGGCAUAUCAACGUGAGCCGCGUAAAAUUCUCACUAUGCUUGGUUAUGCAUGCCGCAUCUUCGACUCGAAUAUCACACAAGUUGUGGCGCGAUUACGUAAGGAAGACACGAAGAAGCUACGCACGAAAGUGUUAGCUAUCAAUGUGGGAAAUGCGAUGGAGCCUCUUAAUGGAUUACCAUUCGCGCCGAGCGUCGAGCCGCUCCACGACGACGCCGUGCUCACGAAGCACAGCAACGAAUUGUUCGUUAAUGGAAAAUUCAAUACGGUGCCAUUUAUGAUUGGAUUUACGGCGCAAGAAGCUUCCAUCGUCCAAGACGUCAUUGAAAGGACGCGACCCUACAUUGCGCACUGGGAUAUUCUACCACAACUGCUAGUGCCUGCGAAUCUCAAUGUCUCCUCGAAGAUGAAGCGGAAGGAAAUCGCGAUGAAAAUCAAGACGUAUUAUUUCGGUAGAAAGUUGAUUGCGAUGUCGAGCAAAACCGAAAUGAUGAAUUUUAUCGGAGAUUCACAAUUUGUGCGUUCAAUCAGGCAUAAUGUUCAAGUGUGCGCGAACCACUCAACAAUUUACCUCUACGUCUUCUCCUACGAGGGUUACAUCGGCCGGUACGGCACCAAGAAAGAAGUCACCCGAAAGGUGAAAGGCGCCGGCCAUGUGGAAGACGUGUUCUAUUUAUUUCUGAAGAGCAACAUGACGACGAAUAAUGACUCCGACUGGCGAAUCAUCUCGGUCAUGACCGAAUUGUGGACGAACUUUGCAAAGAACGGCACACCAACGCCGAUGCAAGGCGCGAACAUCACCUGGUCGCCGAUUAACGCAAAGGAUAAGGAAUUAUCCUACCUGGACAUAAACACAAAUCUAACUAUUCAGAAGGAACCACGCGCGGAUGCGAUGGAUUUCUGGGAUGACUUGUACAAAGAGUACGGCUCGUCCUACUACAACACAUUCCGGAAGAAGAAUUGGAUUUCGGAUGUAAAUCUGCAGGUGGAUUUACCAAGUGGAACGAUUCAAGGUGCACAAUUAAAGACAGAUAGAGGGUUGGAUUUCUACGCGUAUCGUGGGGUGCCCUACGCCGCAGCGCCCGUCGGCGAUCUGCGAUUCCGUGCGCCGCAGGAAGCGCCCGGAUGGGAUGGCGUCCUCGACGCCACCGAAGACGGCGCGGCGUGCCAUCAAUUACGCAGCGACACGGACGACGAAUCCGAAGAUUGCUUAUUUAUAAACGUCUACACGACGCUGGAUCGCCAGCGACGCAAUUCGAUGAAUCUGCCGGUGAUGGUGUGGAUUUACGGCGGUGCUUUCGUCAGCGGACACUCGAAAUCCAUCCUGUACGGUCCCGAUUACCUGCUCGAGAAAGACGUCGUCGUUGUUUCGUUCAACUAUCGCGUCGGUAUUUUCGGUUUCCUAAGCACUGAGGAUCUAGCAUCGCCCGGAAACUACGGUCUCAAGGACCAGCUCGCCGCGCUGCGAUGGGUCAACCGGAACAUUCACCUGUUUGGAGGAGAUCCGAACAACGUGACGAUCUUCGGCGAGAGCGCCGGUGCCGCAUCGGUUAGCUUUCUGAUGUUGAUGCCGCAAGCGAACGGAUUGUUUCAUCGGGCGAUAUCUGAAAGUGGCAGCGCUCUGUGUCCCUGGGCCAUGCAACGCAAGCCAUUGGCGAUUGCCUUUCAAGUGGGGCAUUCGAUGGGCAUCAUCACCUUGUCCACUGAGGUCCUUAUUAAUGCUCUCCGGCAACAAUCUGUUGAAGCCCUCAUGCUCGCAGCUACAAAUCCAGCAAUUGCGAAUUUGAUAUCGCCUCUAAAUGGUCUGGUCUACAGCCCAACCAUUGAACCAGAGCACCCGGAAGCAGUGCUCACGCAGGGCCCACACGAACUCUACCGCCAGGGCCGCUUCAAUCGCGUACCCUAUAUCAUCGGCUUCAACUCCGAGGAGAGCGCCGUGCUGCAAGAGAUGCUGGACUAUUUGAGGGUUUACUUGCUGAGUUACGACGUGCUGCCGACGAACCUAGUGCCCGAAGAUAUGAAUGUGCCCAAGCUAUCCCUCAAUUACGUCGAGGCCGGUUAUAAAAUUAAAUUAUUCUACUUCGGGCUUUUAUCAUCGGUCGCCAGCAACGGGCAAAUUCUCAAGUUCAUCAGCGACACGCAGUUCAUCAAACCAAUCCGCGAAACAGUGCGUUUAUUAUCAAAUUUCACAUCGGUGUAUUUUUAUGAGUUCUCCUAUGAAGGCGCGUUGGGUAUCAAUGGCGUCAACAUGGAUAAACCCAUUGCCAAACAAGGCAGAAGCAUACAAGGCGUGGGACACAGUGAAGAAAUCUGGUAUCUCUUCAAACGUGCGAACCUAGCCGUGGAUAACGAUGGCGACGCGACAAAAUCCGACAUAAUUCUAUCACUAUGGACAAACUUUGCCAAAUACGGCAAUCCCACACCGAAUCAAAGCGUCUUGCCCGACAACGCCCCCUGGCCGCUGUCCAGCCCGAACAAUGAAUUCAUCCACUUGGACAUCGGGCACGAUUUGGUCCUGCGGCGUAAUCCGCGAAAAGAAGCCAUGGAUUUCUGGGACGAGAUGUACUCCAACUUCGGGCACGGCCCGUACGACACGUAUUAGAAGUUUUAGUUUGGUGUUGUUGUUAGGAUUAUCGGUGCACAUGUUAAAGUCAUCGAAAUGUUACAGAUUGUUAGCGUGUUAGGCGAACUUGAAUAAACUUGUUGUUUCAUUUUA